CACAUCAUGGCUUCUUUCAUUCUAGGAAGAGCAAAAUACUGUCGGCUGCCCAGGAUCUGAAGUCCUGUGAAUUUCGCUGGACUUCACAGCAAGCUUGUAUGGCGUAAUUAAAAUCCACUUCUACGCCAAGGAACAAUGGCGUCUACAGCUAUGGCAGCAACUCUGACCCACAGCAGUUUCUGACCAGCUGACUACAGAGAGUUCACUGAAGCAAACAGUCCAUCCAUUUCUAAACUUCUCAUGGGGGUAUAGGAGGGUCUGACAGUUCCUCUUCUGGAGGAGCAGGUUAACACCCCGACUGCAAAACUCAUACUUGCUCUGGUUAAAACAUAAGAGGCUGUCAUGAAGUGGCUGACCUCAGCAUUUGAGAGGGACCUGGGAGUUGACCAGCGGCAGGUUGGACCCGGGCCACGGCCGCAGGAACUGGUGGCUCUGGUUCCGACCCGCUGGGUGAUGGGGCUGAGAGAGAGGAGAGUGACUCGCUGUGCUCGUUAUGAGUGCGUUAGUGAUGGAGAUGUCCGCACUCUUCUCCAGCGCUCUCAGGUAAAGCUUCCACCUGGCUGGACUCGUGUUUGCAUCCAAGGCCUGAGGAAGAGCAAGCUGGGCUAUAGGCUUGCCAAAGACCAUAUCUCCCAGGGAGAGGAGCUCUCCCAGGACUCCUUCAUGAGACAGAUGCAGGAAGUGUCACAGUGCAACAUCAGGAAUCUGUGGCAUGAGGCAUACAUGAAGCAUGUGCAGCCAUAUGUAGGACCUACUGAACAAACGCAGGUGUUGGCUGCCGAUGCUGUUCGCCAGGCUUUGCAGAAACUGUUUGGUAGCACUUUUUUCUCCACUGACCGGGUUUCGCCAUCCCUCUCUCCAGCCAGAGAGAAGGACAAAGAGUGUCCUCUGUCAUCCAGCUCCUCUGCUCCCAAGCACAACACAGACACUUUGUGUCCAAAUGUGCUCCCAGCUGAAUGCUUGCUUGAGUCAGCGGAGGUGUUGUAUGUCAUUCUCCCAUACACUCAGUAUUCUCUUCAUGACAUUGUCACCUUCAGUCCAGCUAAGCUGGCUAACAGCAAUGCUAAGGUGCUGUUCAUUUUGUACCAAGUGCUCACAGCAAUUCGCGAGUGCCAUGGAUCAGGACUGUCAUGCGGAGAGCUGUCUUUGCAGGACGUGGCUGUUGAUGAGCAGCUCUGCAGUCGUCUCAAGAUUUCUCUUGCACAUUAUGAACAACUGGGAGAGGACAAGGCUGCAGAUGAGUAUGCAACAGGAAGACAAGUGUCCAGAAGUUUAAAAGCAAGAGAUGCUCUAAGUGAUUUCAGUAAACAGCACUGCCAGGAAUGUUUGGGUGAGCUCAAAUCUCUGGUCCUAGACUGGGUGCAUGGUAAAGCCAGCAAUUUCAGCUAUUUGAUGGAGUUGAAUCGACUAGCAGGAAGACGCGAGGGUGACCCUAACUAUCACCCGGUUUUACCCUGGGUGGUGGAUUUCACUGUGCCAUAUGGGAGAUUUCGUGAUCUCAGGAGGUCAAAAUUUCGUCUGAAUAAGGGUGACAAACAGCUAGAUUUUACCUAUGAAAUGACCAAAGAAGCCCUUGCAGCAGCAGUGACUGGUGGAGGUGGUGGAGGUGCUUUUCCUUCCGAGCUUGGUGCAUCGGUUGGUCCAAGUGGUCCAGUGCAGUCAGACCAUCUCCAUGUACCUCAUCAUAUUUCAGAUGUUCUAUCAGACAUCACCUAUUAUGUGUACAAAGCUAGACAGACACCCAAAUCUGUACUUUGUAGCCAUGUUCGGUCCCAAUGGGAGCCCAAUGAAUACCCGGCUAGCAUGGAACGUAUUCAGAGUUGGACUCCAGAUGAAUGCAUACCAGAGUUCUAUACAGAUCCUUCCAUAUUUCGUUCCAUUCACCCAGAUAUGCCAGACCUUGACGUACCUCCGUGGUGCAACUCUUCCGAGGAAUUCGUUGCAGUCCACAGACGCCUGCUGGAGAGCCGUGAAGUGUCUCAGCAGCUACACCAUUGGAUUGACCUGACAUUUGGUUACAAGUUGUCAGGUAAAGAAGCUGUAAAGGCUAAGAAUGUGUGCUUACACUUGGUGGACAACCACACCCAUCUGAGUAGCUAUGGAGUGGUUCAACUAUUUGACCAGCCUCACCCACCCCGUCUUGCACCUUAUCAGUAUUCACCAGCAGAACCUCCAAUCCUUGGUCCUGUCAGUGUGUCAGCAUGGCAAAUCCCAACACUUGAGGCCACAAUGGAUGACAUAGAUGGAAUAGUUCCAGAGGCAGUUGGAUGUGAAUCUAGUGGUUGGACAUUGGUUGACCGGGAUGAAGAGCUUGAGCAAGGAACAGAAGCUCUCGAUUCCUUAAGCACUUCAGCUUCUGCUACAUCCACUGUAACAGUGCCUGUUGUGAGCUCUGCAGGAGGGAAAGCGAUUGGAGAACUUGCUGCUUUGGCAUUGUCACCCUCUCAUAGUUCUUUUCCUGCAGAAACAUCAGGCAAUCCCACAAAUGCUCUGGGACCUGGAAUUAGGAGUACUGUUAUUCAGAGAGGGACUUCCAUUAUUAAGAAGCAGGAAGGUUUUACUGCUUCUUACACUGAUGAUUUCCGAAUAACCUUGCCUGAAGGUUUUAAACCUCUGCAGCCUUUAGAAGAGUUAGAGAAGUUGAAUAACUUCCUGGUUAAAGGAUUACACUCCCAAGUUCAUUGUAUAAUGGAUGUGCACAGCACUGUUUCAAAGGUACCACUGUCUAUUGUAGACCUCUUUCACAGAGACAUGCAAGCCUUGGGUGUCUUUACUGCAGAAAUAUUUUAUUCUUCAAAACUGCGAGGUGUAAAGCCCGGUACACCCUUGAGUGAUCGUUAUAAGGCAGUAAUGAAGCUUUGUGUUUCCAGUCUUCGAGAUGUACCUCUACCGCUUCAUCAUGCACUUGAGAGCCUUCUGCAGAUUCGCAAGCAUACAUCUGAAACUGAUUCAUUGAAUGCCUGUCCACCAUUUCUGUUUAAGUAUGAGCCAAUAUAUGAGGGUCUUCCACCACCAAACCCCUGGCAGCUGCUUAGUCCAGUCCUUUCUCCAUUUCCCUUUCCAGAAUACUUCCCAACACUGCAUCACUUCAUUUUCUCUUACCAUUCCAAGAUGGACUCCAUCAACACCAUUCAGGGGCGGGAUAUUGUGUUCAACUUGUGGCAACAGCUCCAAACUCUACUACAAGGCGAUAUCACUGCAGAGGGACUGGAGAUUCUCUUACCCUUUGUGCUUGCUUUAAUGACAGAGGAAUCUACAGCCGUGUAUGCUGCUUGGUACCUAUUUGAGCCUGUCUCCAGGGUCCUUGGGCCUCGCAAUGCAUCAAAAUACUUAAUAAAGCCGCUGGUUGGUGUGUAUGAGAAUCCCCGCUGUCUGCGUGGCCGUUUCUACCUCUACACAGACUGUUUUGUGCUGCAGCUUAUUGUGCGGUUGGGCUUGCAGGCUUUUCUCUCCAGUCUCCUACCUCAUGUGCUCCAGGUCAUCACUGGAUUUGAGAGCUGCAGUACAGGCACAGGCAAUGAAUGGGAUGGGCCUAAAGUCAUAAGGCGUGCUGUAAGUGGCUUGGGAGAAGAGGAAGAAUUUGAGUGUGAAGAUGGAAGGCCGUCGUCGGCUGCCUCAGCUGGAAAAGCAGGAGGAGGGAGUGGGGGGGUUGGCGGUGGCAUGGGUAGUGUUGGAGACCCAGGGCUUGUGGACUACUCUUCAGGCAUCAGUCUCAGUGACCAGGUCUUUCUGGCAGAAGGUGAGGACUUCCAGAAUGGCUUUUAUGUCAAUAAUGGUUCAUCUGUACCAGAAGCUGGAGUUUCUGCUAAACAGCAGGGCCAGAAUGCUGCAAACAAAGACCAAGACCAGGAGGCCUUUAGCGUGGGGAAACUCAGUGACAAGAGUAGUGCCAGUGAGGCAUCCGUCGGAGAUGGAGAUUCCACCAAAGAUCGCGCAAGCAUAAAGUCUGCUGACAGCAGUCAGGACCUGAAGCAGGCCAGUGACGAUGGAGGAGAACUAGAUGACGACGAGGAGGGAGUUGAGGACAAAGAACACUUGGCACAAAACAUGCCCAGUCUUGAACUCUCGCUGUCUGGCUGCACGGAGGAAUCUGAUACCACCGUGGGCACUCUGGAGGGUGACUUCAUCAACGGAAUGGUCCAAGGAGAGGCAGAGAAAAGCAUGGCGGAUGAUGAUGAUGAUGAUGAGGAGGAGGAGGAGCAUGACCUUUCAGAGAACUCUGAGGAGAAGGAACACAAGAUCUUGUUGGACACUGUUUGCAAGACUGUAAGAUGGCUGUCUGCUAAAUUGGGACCUACUGUAACUUCUCGAUAUGUGGCUCGAAAUCUGCUGCGACUGCUUAAUACUUGCUAUAUAGGUCCUGAGAAACACCAGUUUGUGCCAUCUGCAAAUGAGGAGAGUAGUGUUGAAUGUGUAGGGAGUGUGUAUGAAAAGAAAUCAAUUGUUGGUGACCAGACUGCAAAGCCAGUUCUUGAUUGUCUCAUCUACAUAGCCCAUCUGUAUGGAGAACCUGUACUGACUUAUCAGUACCUGCCGUACAUUGGCUACCUGGUGUGUCCGCCUUCCUCAUGCCGCCUGAACACUCGCAAGGAGGCAGGCCUUCUAGGUGCAGUGGUGCUGACUCAGAAGAUUAUAGUGUUCCUGUCGGACACAACCCUAAUGGACAUGCUGAUGAAGAUCAACCAGGAUGUGCUGUUGCCACUCCUCAGCCUGCUCACCACACCCAAAAUGGGCUUUCCCAGCGGAGUGCAGACUCGUACUGCAGUGUGCCUGAAGACCCUGAGUCUCAUGGUUCUGAUCUGUUUGCGUAUUGGCAGAGAGAUGGUGCUGCAGCACAUGAGCAAGACCCUCUGCCAGUUCUUUCAGGUCUUCUCCUUACUGCAAACUCUUCAGAAUCAGAUGGAGACUGCUCCCCGAAGAGAGGUUGGAGACUACAUAUACCUUGAUGUCUGCACUCCCGAGGGAACCGAGAUCAGCUGUGAGCUGGCAGUUCUGGAGGAACUACGGGCAGUGUUCAACCCUGAAAUGGCUUAUGUGUCCUACACGCCUUUCUACUGUCUCAUCGGUGAUGCAGCAAUUCGCAGACUGGUUCCCAACUAUGAAUUAGUGUGGAGCCAGGCUCAGUCCUACCUUGACAGAGCAAGCCCUGGAAGCCCAGAGUUCAACCUGUCCAGCAGUCAGCGAGCGGAGCCGUCGCCUUGCCCCGUAAGCCUCUCCCCAAACUUGGGCCACCCGAUUGGCCGCAGCCUCUUCCCCACCACCUCCACCACCUCCACCCCCCUCGGUGGGGACAGCCUGCCCGAAUCCAGCACCUUCGGCAGCCACUUGGUGGGGAACCGGAUCCAAGUGUCGCGGGACACCGAGCAUGGUGGGAGUCCGAACCUGUCUUCUCUGGACGCCUGGGGGAGGCCUCACAUCGGCUACCCCCCAUCGACGGGCCUCGGUGCCUCCUUGUCAGCUGUUCCCACUCCCUCCCUCUCCUCUUCCUCCUGGGUGCUGAGCCACACUGCGGAGGACAGCGCGCUGAAGCAGGAGCUCCCGCGCAGCAGCCGCUCCCUGCAGGGCAACUGGCUGGCCUACUGGCAGUACGAGAUUGGCCUCAACCAGCAAGACCCACACUUCCACUUCCACCAGAUCCGCCUGCAGAGCUUUCUGGGCCACUCGGGGACGGCCAAGUGCCUGGCCCCGCUAGCUGGCGAGGACUACUUCUUGUCUGCCAGUAAGGACAAGACCGUGAAACUGUGGCCGCUGUAUAAUCACGGCGACGGCACUCGGGAUGUGGAGCCGCGGCUAACGUACGCGGACCAUCGCAAAUCCGUCUUUUGUGUGGCACAGCUGGAGGCCUUACAGGAGGUGGUGAGCUGCGAUGGCUCUGUACACCUCUGGGACCAGUUCAACGGCAAGCAGAUUCGUUCUUAUGAACCUCUGGAUGGGAAGAAUCCCAUCACGUCCAUCACCACUAUGCCUGCUCCUCACUGCAGCGUGUUGUUUGCCAGUGCUGACUCUGUCCUUCGCUUCAUAGACCCACGCAAGCCUGGCCUGCAGCACGAGUUCCGCCUGGCCCACAACCACAUGAGUGCGGGCCUGAUCCGCUGCCUGGCCGUGAGCCCCGGGGGACGGACAGUGGCCGUCGGGUUCUCCUCUGGCUUCAUCGUGCUGCUGGAUGCGCGGACCGGCCUGAUUCUGCGCGGCUGGCCUGCUCACGAGGGGGAUAUAUUGCAAAUGAAGGCUGCUGAAGGGAAUUUGCUAAUCAGUUCCUCCACUGAUCACACAAUGAUGGUGUGGAAAGACCUGGAGCACAAGCCUGUCCACCAGUACAGGACUCCUUCUGAACCCAUCCAUGCCUUUGACCUGUAUGGUGCUGAAAUUGUGGCCGGCACUGUAGCUAAUAAAAUAGGGGUGUAUUCCAUGCUGGACAUCUCUGCCAACUCAGCUAGCAGCACCAAGCUCAGCUCCGAGAACUUUCGGGGCACCCUCACCAGCCUCGCUGUGCUGCCCACCAAACGGCUCCUCCUGCUGGGCUCUGAGAAUGGUGCCAUCAGGCUACUGGCUUAAGCAAACUUGCAAGACCAGUGCGAGAAGCACGGAUGUCGUGUUUUGAUAAAUGUCUGUUCUCUUCAGGCUCCUCCUCAAAGUGAAAUUUUGUGCAAAAGAAAGUGCUUCUAAUCCCCCUCUCACCUAUCGAGGGGAGUCAAUCCGACUGCAGUCGUUUAAAGAGGACUUAGUGCCUCAGUCUUUAGUAAGGUUUCACCGACGAUUGCAAAUUAUCACGCAACAUGAAUUCCGAAGCAAAGGAUCUGCUUCAGAAACCAGUUUAUAAUUUUUACAGUUUUUACAGUUUAUGUAUUUAAUUCUGCACUAGAUGGCUGCACUAGGUUCGAGGGGAAAAAAGUAUGAUGUAAAUUCUUAUCCUGGGCGAUGAUAAAUGACUGGCUUCUUUAGAUGAGUGGAUAAGAUGAACUGCUCAGGACUGUUGAGCCCAGCAUGGAUCUGGUGUAGUGUUUACACUUUCCAAAUAGAUGUACAAAAUCACACAAAAUAACCCACUGUGAGAAUUUCAGAUCAGACCAGACCUUGUCACAGCGAUCAUGACAUCACACAUCAGAUGCACUCAAUGACUAUGCAGUAUUCAUGGAUGUUCCUUUUUGUAUUCCAUGUAUGCCAUAUCAUCAGAUUUAUGCCAUUUUCUUCAUGAACCAUUUUCACAGCUGUGUAAAUCGAGUAAUUUAACUCAUGGUCAAGAAAGUGGACCUUUAUGAUGAAGUUGUUGUAUGCUCAGUUCCAGGGUGUCUUAAUGAUUGUUACUGCAUUUUGGUUGAAGACUUCAGUCUAGUAUGCAGUGGGUGAACUGGGAUGUUUGUUGUUUUUUUUGUUUUUUUUUUCUGCAGUACUUCUUUAAAUAUAAAAACUGUUUCUAAAUAUGAGCACCAUGUUAAAAUGACGUAGCCAAACACCAUAGAUUGUCUGUAUGCAGGGUUUAAGGAAUAGGUCAAGAAUCUUAAAUCACAUGGAAUUUACUUUUAAGUGCAGCAGUAAAUAGAUAUUUGCUUUGAAUUAUUUCCAAAAAUGAUCUAUCCUCAUAAUGAUAUUAAUUUAACCUCCUAUGUAUACAAGUAGUCUUAGUUUUAUUUGAUAAUAUAUGCCUACAACUAUGUAACUUGGAAAAUAACCAAUAUUUUGAAUAUGGAAAAUCACCUGUCUCUCAUGUGAUGUUCCAUCCAAUAUGUAUUUCAUUGAACCUCCCAGUUUGUAAAAUUUAAUAUGUAAAGACUGAAGUGUUUUACACAUUUACUGAAAUUGAAUUAAAAUUAAGUACAAUA